GUGUGUACACACACUGUAGAGUUCAGCACCACUCGACUCGUAGUAAGAUCAUCAGCGUCCUCCCCUUUCCAGAACAAGCGUUGACGGACCAAGGACGAAUAUACCAUAUGCAACUGUGUUUACGCCACAUCUCGGCGCCUUGAUCGAUCGCAUUUUUUACUUACUUUCUUUUACACGAAGUCCGGGUACUCCUGCUGCCGAUUUGGGAGCUUUUGGCAAAGUAUCGGAGGAGAAAUGUCAAUGGAAAUACAGCAGAAUCCGAUGCCUCCGUAGAGCUGUCCGAGUGCCAAGAACUGGUCCUCUGCUGAUUCCGAAGGACAGAGCAGAAACCACUGGACGUAUAGCAAUGUGGAGCUGUAUGGUUUACAAUGAGACGGACGACAAUGUGGACCUCAGGCUCUGCCAGGACUUUGGACUCAUUCUGUCCGUCUUCUCGUUGGUGUACCUCAUCGUCUGCUUUCCAGUGGGCCUUUGCUACAAUGCCCUGCUGGUGGUGGUCAACCUUUCCAACAAGGUCACCAUGACCAUGCCUGAUGUCUACUUUGUGAACAUAGCCAUCGCUGGCCUGGUGCUCAACUUGGUGGCUCCGGUGGCGCUGCUGGGCCCUAGUUUCACCCGCUGGCCCAUGUGGGAAUACAACAACGAGAUCUACAUCACCCUCCUCAUUCUGUUCAACAUCUCUUCUCUGGUCAUCAUGUACUCCACUACCUUGCUCAGUCUGGACUAUUACAUUGAGCGCGCUCUCCCACGCACCUACAUGUCCAGCGUCUACAACACCAAGCAUGUUUGCGGCUUCAUCUGGGGCGGCGCCGUCCUGACCAGCUUUUCCUCAUUGCUCUUCUACGUGUGCAAUCACGUGUCCACCAAGAUCAUCGAGUGCUCCAAGAUGCAGAACAAAGAAGCGGCUGACGCCAUCAUGAUGUUCAUUGGGUAUGUGGUGCCAGCAGUGGCCGUGCUUUAUGCAUUCGUGCUUAUCCUACGCAUCAGGAAGGAGUCCACCCCUUUGGACCAGGACUCUGGGAGGCUUGAUCCUUCCAUCCACAGGUUACUGCUGGCUUCCGUGUGCAUGCAGUUUCUAUUAUGGACUCCGUAUUACAUGACCCUACUGGUGCACACGGUGGCAGGGGCUCCCGGGAGCCAUUCGAGCAAGCAGCAACUUACCAUAUACUUCUUCCUGAGAUGCUUGUCUAAACUUCUCGCCUUCUGCAGUAGCUUUGCAAUUCCCCUCAUGUACAGGCAAAUGAACAAGAACUUCUCGCAUAAACUCCAGCGGCUUCUAAAGAGGCUGCACUGCGGGGACCAAUCAUGUCCUCACGAACGCUCGACAGUUCAGCAGGUGGUAACAUGAGGAUUGUGUCCAAUCAGACCUGCUUGUCCCUCACUGGCACUUACUCUGAAUCCACAGAAGUAGAGCCAGCACAUGAACCUGGAUAUAUAUUGUUCUCUGAAAGGAAAGGAAGUAUUUCGCUUACCACAAGAAGUGUCUCUGUGAAAUUGUGGAACCUCCGUAACACUUAACGACUCGACUUUAUUUGUCCAUCUCUGUGGCGAAUGGGCGACCAAGAAGAAACCACUAAGUGCUGUUUUUGUGUAAGCUGUGUCUAUUCUUUGGGUUCUUAUGCUUUGGGAAUAUCUCAACCCAUCUGUUGGUCCUUUCGGUGGCGGGGGGGUGGAUGUUGAACGUGUUUAAUCUGUUACAGGAUAUGUGGUAUAACCUUUUAAUGUGAUGCUUUUAGACCAACUUAUUCCCUUUUAGUUCAAGGCCACAUUCUGCCCCAGGCUCUCUUUCUCUCUUUGCACCAUAAGCUGUUCAGUCUAGAGUUUUCUGGUCACACUUUCCAUAAAACCUCUCGGGUAGAUGCUAGUAAACGCAAUAUAAUUACCUCAAUUUCACACACCAACGGGCAUUACAUUGAAACGGUCUAACCAACUUUUACAGCACCCAGAAAUAACUCGACGAGACUGAUAUCAGGGAGCGGGAAAGAUGUGUUUGCGUGCUUGUGAUUGCAUGUCGGUGGUUGUGAGUGUGUGUGUGUGUUCUCGAGUGCUUGCUGCUAAGGUGAUGUGCAUCAUUACUGCACAGCUGCUCAGCCAUAGUAAUUCCUGUGUAUAGCUUCUUGAGACAAAGCUAUAGAAACUAGGCAACAGAUCACGGUUUUAAGGUCAAAUAGUUAGAGAUGUUUUGUUUUUAAAUACCUUUUCAAUCAUUAGUCGGUUACUACUGGAAUUAUUAUCAGUGCAUCAUGAGGAAGAGGUUAACAAUUUAUAUGAGGAGUGAAUCCAAGUUCCUUCAAUGAAGCAAUACUAUCUAUCGGUUGAUUUCCAAAAUAAUUGAUCGGACUUGAGUACUCCUAAUCAACAAAUCCUAUCAGUUCUGAUGUGGAUGUGCUAAAGAAAUCGCUUGUAUUGAGAUUAGUUGCAUGAUUGAUUUCAUUAUAUAGAGAAGAUGUGCAUCAGUGCUCCCAAACUGGGAGAAAAUCAUAGACAUUUCCAGAAAAUAAUACCCAAGAGGCAAGAUAAGAAAUAUUUUAUGCUAGUAAAUGGUCUGUUAUUAUCAAAAAGACAAAAAAAAGAGGUUUUUGCUCUUAUUUUUCUCGAGUGGAUGCAGAAUAAGUUUAUUUUGGACAGAAAGCACUGUAUGGUAAUAGAAGAGUGGAGAGGUGUCAUUUAAAUCCACUUAGAUGUAUGCAAGGGAAAGAAUGUAUUUAAAGUCACGAAGGGGAUUAAAAACGGUAACCCUCAAUUAUAAAUGAUAAAAUGGCAUCAAAACGUAAUGUUACGGCUGUUGCUAAUGCCAGUAUGUAUCAUAUUAAGAAUGUGUAUAUAUUGUACUUCAGAGAUUUACUGGAAGAAAAACUAAACAGACAUGCCAUUUUAGAUUACAGUAUUAUUUUCUCAGAGAUUUAUUUAGAUACUAAAGUGUCCGUCAUCAUCUGUCCCAUACCGAGUCAAAGACUUGUUCAAUAAACUAACAUGAAUAUAA